UGGCGGCGGCGGAGUGUGCGUGCCAGUGGGCAAGGUAAGAUGGCGGCGGACGGAGAUGCGGUGAUUUCGGAUCAGGAAAAAGUGCGAAUAGUCUCGGAUUUUAUAUUGCACUCGCCGCCGGGCGAGUUCAACGAGGUGUUCAACGACGUGAGGGUCCUGCUGAACAACGACAACCUGUUGAAGGAGGGCGCGUCCGGGGCGUUCGCUCAGUACAACAAGGACCAGCUCACGCCUGUUAAGAUAGAGGGAAGCGACUAUCCAGCUCUCAUAACAGAACACAAUGAUUUGAGUUCUCAGAGGUUUUACGAUGCACGGAGUAAGCAGAGUUUUAAAUAUGAUCACUUGAGGAAGGAGGCGCAAGAUUAUGAAUCUUACGAACCAGAUCCCUUGGCGGAACCAUGGAGAUCGGCCCUUCAGGAUGAGAUAACGAAUUAUACUCAAAGUCAUUACAGACACGGCGCCUGCUCAGUAUUCGGGAAAUCUCUCGGAGGAAACAUAACGCUAACGGCGUGCAUAGAGGAUCACCAGUUUCAACCUAAAAACUUCUGGAACGGCCGCUGGCGUUCGGUGUGGACCGUAAGUUUUACUCCAAGUUCGGGAAACGCCGAAUUGAGAGGUAGCCUCAAAGUACAAGUGCACUACUACGAGGACGGGAAUGUACAGCUGGUCAGUAGCAAAGAGGUGAAGGAGAGCUUGCCGAUCUCGAACGAGAAGCAAACGGCGAAGGAUUUGAUACGGUUUGUCGAGGAAUCCGAAAACGAUUAUCAAACGGCAAUCUCCGAAAACUAUCAAACGAUGUCCGACACCACCUUUAAGGCGCUGCGAAGGCAACUGCCAGUAAUGCGAACAAAAAUCGACUGGAACAAAAUCGUGUCGUACAGUAUUGGCAAAGAGCUUAAAAGUCAAUAGAAAUAGAUUUUUUUAUAUAUAAUAAUAUUAAAAGAAAUAAUUAAAAAAAAAAAAAAAAAAAAAAAAGAAAGGAGAGCACAGCGCAUUUUGCUGCAUGAGUGAAGUCUGGAGGUGUGAUGUGCAUGGGAGCAAACCACUACGUCUGAUUUAAGAGAUAUUCGACUCAUGCAUGCCACUAAAAGGUUCCUCUCGACUCCGUAUUGUAUGUGUUGUUACAAGAAGCAAUAAAAAAAAAAAAAAAAAAAAAGAGAAGAUUUCAACACUUUCGGCGUUGUUAAUUGCACAAAAAAACAAAAUUGAUAAGUUAAUUAAAAAUUUUUUCCACACAAAAUGGAUUCUGUACAGUUCACAAGUUCGUUGUGAGGCAACAUGAUGAGGAGAAUGACUCGGUUAUAAUUAUUACUUCUCUCUAAAUGUGCUGAUUGUAAAACCUGGAAAGUACUCGAUGUGUGUGGUGGAACCUUUGCGUAAACCGCGUUGUUUCUUCGCUUUGUUAUCUUUCUAAACUGAGAAAAAAAAAAAAAAAACCUAACAUGAGAUCCAUGAUAUUCGCAUUGUGCAGCAUAGUGCAGGAUAUAAUCCUUAACUUCCGGAGAGAACACAAUGAAGAGAAAAAAAAAUAAAUAAAUAAAUAAAUAAACUGUCGAAGAUCUAUUCACACAUUAUUUAAAUAGGGUAAUGGGGAUCCUUGCUCUUACGUUAAGUAAUUGAACUAAAAUUGAAUUCGCGGUGUGUGUUGAAUAGCUUGAGAUUAUGAGACAGAAUAGCGAAAAAUAAAUUUAAACUAUUAAUCAUGUAGUUAUUGAAAUAUAACGAGCAGAUGGAAGCAGUUUUUUUUUCUUUUUUCCAAGGAAUUUGCAAAUUUUCGCAAAUUCUAUCUAGAAACGUAAUAACGUCAGUGACAUAAUGUAUAUUCGAUUUUGUCUCUAUUUAUGUGUUUUCACUUAUACAAUAAAUGUUUUUUCUUUCCUGCGAGAGAGGGAAGCGAAUGCGGGAUAUAUAAUAUUCACUGAGGUUAUUCUUUUUCAUUGAUAAACUUUGCGAACAUAUAAACAACUACAUCGAUCUGCUCUAGUACAAUUUUUGUGUCACUCUCUGACAGUUUUUCACCCUGAAGCGAAAUAACUUCAAAUUGCUUUUUUAUUAUUGAAUUUUUUCGCAAUGUUCAUUUUACAAUGGAAAACAUUGAAAUGUACAAUUUAUUGUUUACAUAAUUUGUUUUAUUAUACAAAUGAUUGUGAAAAGCCUGUAUGGAAAACAAAAUAACAAAAUAUUUACACGACGCAGGACAAAUAAAUCUCUCACGGAUGUGCCGAUGUGCGAGUAAAUUUAACGGAAUUGAGAAUUCGUGUAAGGGAGAAAAAAAAAAUAUUUAUACUAGACGUAUUUUCGAAGACGAAACAAAUCUCUUGUAAAACUUUUUUAAGUCUUAAGAUUUAUAUAUCGAUUUUGAAACGGCACGACGGCGCAUCUCGUGUGUACUCGCAAACUACUUCGUAAAAAAAAAAGAAGAAUAAUCUACUCUCUCUCUCUCUUUCUCUCUGAUUAUUUCGUUACUUAUCGACGAAAAAAAAAAAAAAACCUUGCCGGGUCCAUGGGUGAUGUCAAACGCAUAAUAUAUCAAACGUAAUACGAAGACAUUGAUAGACGUGUCUAUGAUUUUUGCCAGCUCGGUACCGAACACACCGUCAAGUGUUCAUUGCCGCGUUCAAUACACAAAGUAGAACGAAAAAGGAGAAAAGAAAAAAAAAGGAAACAUAACUCUUAACAAGAUAUUGGUGGGCGAGGCCUACUAUUUUUAUCCAACUUUAUAUUUCAUAAAGGUAUAAGUCUAUAUACAUUUUUGUUAAAAUGUAUUGUUUUAUAAAUAUAAGUAUGUCUAUUAUAUAUAUAUGUUGUAUAUAUAUAUAAUGGAUACGUUGCAAAGUUUAAUGAACUACUGAAAUAAAAAAAAAAAAAUAAAAUAAAAUAAAUAAAAAUAAAUGUUAAUCAUUGCGCAACUCUGUCUUCUAAAUUCAAUCAUUCGUUUUUACAUUUAGUCAAAGACUUGCGAGAGUCAUUCACAAAAGCGGAAAGCGUUGGGAAAGCGUCUCUUGGUGCUAUCGCUUACUACACACAUUACACAGCCAGACAUUGUAUGCAAAAGAAAAAAAA